GAACUGGCCAUCUGUCUGUCUCUCUCCAUCAGCUCUGCCACAGAGGUGCACCUGUCCAGGUGGACCUCCUCUUGCUCUGAGGCAGCUUAGACUUGUGCCCAGUCCGAUUAUUUUUCAUAUUUAGGUCUGCUCAGCGGAGUUUGUAACAGCGGUUUCCACUUAAAGAAAUAAAGUUUGGAUUUUAAAAAGUGCUGGGAGAGAGGCGUAGUUCAGGAAUACUCGAGUACAAGCGGCCAACUGGUGUACAUGAGUAUGAGUACUUAGUUACAUCCAUCCACCUGUUCCACCUGGAAGUUUGUGGAGCAGCAGAACGCAGCGGUGCAUGCUGGGUGAUCGUGAGGCAGGGCAGCAGCAGCAGCCGGCGGACUCCACCUUCAGCACGGGCUUCUCAGUCAGCCGUCCCGCUCCGACGACAGCCCGUGUGGGACCGAACCAUGGACGCCAGCGGGCGGCCUCUGACGGUAUAGCCCGGAGGAUUCUUCGAUCACCGCAGAGUCAUGGAGCCAGACGUGAUCCGCAUGUACUCCUCCUCUCCGCCACCCAUGGAGGACGGCGCUGAGGAAGAGGACGAUGAGUUCGGAGAUUUUGGCACCUUCUCUGGCAUCCCGAACAGCAUCAGCUUCUCAGAGUUUGACACUCCGACCACUUUUAACCAGACGCAGGCUCUGACCGCCACUUCGCCGCCGGAGCUGAUCAACAGUAGAGGGGUGGUGGGCUUCAGCCAUGGCUCCACAAAUGGCGCCCGCAGCCGCAGUGAUGAGCUCUCAAAGGCGAACGGUGUCGUGCUGGCGAGUGCCUCAGAAAGAACUGAGAUGAAAAAGGUCCUCGCCAGCUGUGUGGACUUGACUGCGAGCGACACCGCGGAUUGUAACGGCGGCGAGGUGCUCACAAACGGGUUUGAUGUUCAGGGAAGUCCUUCCUCCCAGAAUUCUGUCCAUGAUCGCAUAAAAGGAACGUCCCCCGAGGACACGGGCAGUGCCGGAGGCCCGGAGGACAACUUUGCAGACUUUGCUGCUUUUUCCGAUGCUGACGGACGCCUCGACCAGACGGCGAGCUCGCACUGUCCACCGGGCGUCAGCCAUAAUGUAGAGCAGGGACUGACUUCAGAGGACGAUGUCAGGGACACAAACAGAACUGAAAACGACGCAUUCAGCUCAGAGUCCCUCUGCAUCCCCGCUGAGACGCCGGACCGGCGUGCUCACAUGGAUGCUGACUCUCGACAAAGGGAUGUGGCCUUGGCGGCAGAUUGCGGCGCCUCAGAGGCCGUUUGCACUGACAAACUGUUCGCCGUGAACAGGGCGGAUGUAGCUGACAGCAACGGUUCUGUAGACGGCUGCGGUGAAAAGCAGCUCCUGCCCGACACAACCGGAGACAGCGAGGCGAGGCAAUCGGAUGAGAAGAGCUCCGGGAACGAGACGGAGACCGAGACGGAGACCGAAACGGAGACGUCGUUUGGCCGUCCACUGUCCACCGACGCUCUGGAGGAGUACGGCGACGUGAGCACCACGGGCUCGGUGCCCUCGCCCCCACUCCAGGGGGAAUCUGCCACACCCGCUGACGACAGCCAGAUGGCCGAAGACGGCGACGAAGACUUCGGGGACUUCGGAGACGCCGGCUCUUUCGGCGCUCAAGGCUUCGCAGACUUCGAUCAGUUGGAGGUUCAGCACGAUCCAGUCGGAUUACAGAGUUCUGCUCUGGUGCAGGAAGCUGCGACCGCCAAGGACAACGCAGAAGAAGACGACGACUUUGGCGACUUCAACUCCCCCAAAUUUAACUCGGGUGAAAACGAGGGGGAGGAGGGAGGAAAGUUUGCCGACUUCCCUGUGAGCAACAGUUUUGGGAAUUUCAGCUCGGCCGGUGGCGGCGAGAGCGACGCCGGGUGGAGCGCCUUCGGGGAGCAGCAGCAGGAGGAGGAAGAGGGGGCUUCAUGGGCGGCGUUCAGCGCUGAGACGAGCGUCUCACUUCCUGCAGAUAGCAGAGGAGUGGAAGAGGAGAAGCAGGAGGAGGAGUGGCAUGAGAGUAAAGCACCUGCGGUCGGCGAAGAACUCAGCAGCACUGACAGUCAGCCGGCAUCGCUGUUCAGCCGUGUGGAGAAGCUGUUCCAGGUGAGCUUCCCUCAGAGCGCCACCCGACUGCUGGAGGACCAGGUGGUGUCCCUGAAGGCCGUCCUGGAGCCUCCUGAGGACAGACGCCCCGGAGCUGAGGAGGGGGAGGAGAAGAAAUCGUCAUGCAAGAGGUCCGUGUACGGUGGCGUGUGGACGCAGCUUCAGGACAUCCACGAGGCGUUCGGCCUCAGAUACCAGUGGGGCGGCUCCCACUGCAACAAAGCACUUCUCUGCUGCCUCGGCAUUGACACCAGAAACAUCCUGUUCACAGGACAGAAGAAGCAGCCGGUCAUCGUGCCCAUGUACGCCGCCGGCCUGGGGAUGCUGGAACCAACCAAAGAGCCCGUGAAGCCCGUCUCUGCUGCAGAGAUGAUCGCCUCAAUCGCGCAGGCGCCGCCGCUGGUACCUGAGAAAAGCUCCUGUCCUACAGACUCGGUCCAGCAGGAGGCGCUCCCACCCGUCCAGUUCGACUGGAGCAGCAGUGGCCUUACCAACCCGCUUGAUGCCAGCGGAGGCUCGUCUCUCUUAAACCUGGACUUCUUUGGUCCUGUGGAGGACUCAGGCUCCAGCAGCUCACCCUCCAUCCCAGGCGUCGACCCCGAGCUAUUCGAACUGACCACCGCCAAGCUGGACUCUGGCAGCUCCGGGAGCCGCAUGGCCGACGCCUUCGCCCGCCUGAUGUCCACUGUGGAGAAGACCAGCACCUCCACCAGGAAGCCGAGGAAAGAUGAGAAUCUGAGCGAGGAGGCGGCCAAAGUGAUUGCGGCGCUGCCCGACCUGUCCUUCAUGCAGGCCAAGGUGCUGAUGUUUCCCGCCACGCUGACGCCGCUCGGGUCACACGCCACGCCAGACUGAAGCCCCGGCCACGCCUCCAGACAUCACCUGCUCACUCUGCUGGCCCCGCCCAUUUUAUCAAGCUCUUGUUUUUUUUAAUUAAGUUAGCUUUUUGUUGAUUUUCAGUUAUUUCUCUGGAUAAAGUGAAGCUUUUCUCGUUAUUUGGUGGGGCACGGCGUGGAGGAGGGGCAGCACGUGGUAAAGCUGACAGGAAGUGGGAUUUGUGCGUUCAGGCCGUGUCGGGGGUGUGUGUGUGUGUGUGUGUGUGUUGUUGUCGUGUGUGUAAAUAAUCAGGGAUUCAAUGUUUUUGUUUUUUUUUGUUUUUAAAUGGGCUCCUUGAUUCCUGCUGAUUUUACAUGUGUGGGGGCGGAGCUUGAAGGAAGCUGAAUCAAACUGAAGUGGAAGUUUCUGUGAAUUCAUACAUUUAUAUACGUAUAUAUAAAAUCUGAAUCUAUUUAUGGACUUGAAACCACACUGCCUGCAGAAUCCCGCCGAGUGUUUCGUCCCCUCGUCUUCGUUCGUCCUUCAGUUUUAAUCUGUUUGUUUUUUUCCGUGAAGCUUUUUAAAAUAAUCCUGUACACCCUCGCUCGUCUGUUUUUGUUCUUCACGCCGGCGCGUCUGCCAUCAGACGUUCCGGUUGUUACUUUGUUUAAAAACGGGACGAUCGGUUUCGAGCGUCGGCGAGCUGAAGGCUGCUCGCAUCGGAGGGGAACGAAGGGACCAACGGCUGCUUCCAUCGGUCUGUUUUCUGUUGCUCAUACUACUGUCGGCCGAGCCUGGAGGAUUUUGCACAUUGUAAAGAUGAAAUGGAUGUAAUCAUAGUUCACUGUGGCUUUAGACUGUGUGCAGUUAAACUAUGGACUGUAAAUGUACGGGGAGUUCCUAUGGGACACGGAAUCAGUGGGAGAGCCUGUGGGAGGUUAUCAUGCAUGCCCAGGUUCUUUCAGACCACUGUGUAAAUUUGACUUUUAGUGUACACAACAAAUUAAACUAAUUUAAGAGAAAA